ACCCGUCGUUCACUCUGUAUCUCGGUUUCAAAAGGGUUUGCAGCAUUACAGUUCUUUUGCUUUGGGGAUUGCUAUAUUUAUGCCUUCCAAGCUGAGACAAAAGAACUUGAAGCUCAGUCUUGUAAGUGAUAAAUCAGUGGAAGUUUAACAUAUUGAGGUUUUUGGCACCUUUUCUGUGAUGCAGUGGAUCACUCCCUCCAUAUCCAUUUUCACAGGAUGGAGAGCUGUUCUGUUCCACAAUGGAAACCAGAAGAAAUUCUGCUACAUGAUAUAAACAAGAAGAAAAGCUAUCUUUACUUACCUCAAGUCAGAAUUGCUGCUGUUUUAGUAGAAAAUUAAAGAAACUCUGUUCAACUUAUAUGUCUUUUUCACAGUCAUUCAUCCUGCCUGUAGAGGUGGGUGAUUAUUGAAUGCUUAUACUGAGAAGUGUUGCAGGUGAAGCACGUAAAGAUACCUCUCCGCCUAGAACACACCUAAGUCUGCCUGCACCUGUGGAAAGGGUACAGAAGGUUACUUCGGAAGCAGGGACUCCUGCUGUUAAGUUUCAGAGGAAAGCUGAGAUAACGGUUGUACUGAGGGUAACGUUAAGAUCUACCCUGUAGUAAGAGUGGGCAUUCUUAAAAAAUCUCUUCCACUGAGGUUAAAAAUGCAGCUGUGCAUUAAUUGUUCUGCUAUUUGAUAAUCUUGAUGUUUGUCUGCAGGGGGGUGUGUGAUUAAAAAAACUCUUGCAGGAACAUCAAAGUGAUGUGAAGCUACCUUCCAAGAUGACUCUUUUAGCAGGAGAAAAUUCUGAUUAUGAUUAUAGUGCCCUGAGCUGUGCUUCAGACACUUCCUUCAACCACACAUUCUUUCCAGAAACAGAAGCCCUCAAGGGUGUCUUCUACCAAAGAGCCAAGCUAAUUCAUCCUGAAAAUGAUCUCUUUAAAAGCAUUCACCCUGAAGACCGAAAGCACCAUAUAAUUAUAAAUGUAGGGGGCAUUAAAUACUUACUCCCAUGGACCACACUUGAUGAGUUCCCCCUGACACGCUUGGGCCAAUUGAAAUUUUGCAACAAUUUUGAUGACAUUCUAAACGUCUGUGAUGAUUACGAUGUGACAUGCAAUGAAUUCUUUUUUGAUCGCAACCCAGGAGCCUUCAGGACAAUCCUGACAUUUCUGCGGGUUGGGAAGCUUCGGCUCUUGCGAGAGAUGUGCGCUCUUUCUUUCCAAGAGGAGCUGCUCUACUGGGGUAUUGAGGAGGACAACCUGGACUGGUGCUGCAAGAGGAGGUAUCUGCAAAAAAUGGAGGAGUUUGCAGAACUGAACGAAAGGGAGGAUGACCUCAUAGAAAAUGAAAACCCGGGUGAGACAGUGGAGGAGACAAAAGUUAGCCUGUGCAUGAAAAAUUUGCAAGACAUGGUAGAGAGGCCUCAGUCUGGACUUCCUGGAAAAGUGUUUGCCUGUUUAUCUGUAUUGUUUGUGACCAUUACUGCAGUGAACCUGUCCAUCAGCACCAUGCCUGACUUGAGGGAGGAGGAGGAGAAAGGUGAAUGCUCCCAGAUGUGCUACAAUAUUUUCAUUGUGGAAUCUGUCUGCGUGGCGUGGUUUUCAUUGGAGUUCCUGUUAAGAUUCAUCCAGGCAAAGAGCAAGUUUGCAUUUCUGAGGAGGCCAUUGACCCUGAUUGAUAUUAUUGCCAUUCUGCCCUAUUACAUCACUUUGCUAGUAGAUACCACCUCUGUGGGUUAUAAAAAGCCAAGUUCUGGAAGCAUCUACCUGGAUAAAGUCGGGCUGGUGCUCCGUAUACUCCGUGCCUUGAGGAUUCUGUACGUGAUGCGGCUAGCCAGACACUCCCUUGGCCUGCAGACUUUAGGGCUCACCGCUCGUAGGUGCACUCGUGAAUUUGGACUCUUGCUGCUCUUCCUUUGUGUGGCCAUUGCACUUUUUGCACCACUCUUGUAUGUCAUUGAAAAUGAGAUGGCAGAUUCACAGGAGUUCACCAGCAUCCCUGCAUGCUACUGGUGGGCCGUAAUCACCAUGACAACAGUAGGCUACGGCGACAUGGUUCCCAGAAGCAUUCCAGGCCAGGUGGUGGCAUUAAGCAGCAUCCUAAGUGGCAUCCUCCUCAUGGCAUUUCCUGUCACCUCCAUUUUUCACACGUUUUCCCGCUCUUACAUUGAGCUAAAGCAAGAACAGGAAAGAAUCAUGUACAGGAGAGCACAGUUCUUAUUAAAAGCAAAGUCUCAGCUGAACAAUGCAUCACAAGGGAGUGACAUUAUAUUUCCCAGUAUCUCUUCUGAGACUAGGGACAAUGAAUAAUAUUUACAUCUGUCUGAUGUUGGGCAAUGUUUUGCAGUGAUAGAUCUCAUCUUAUCAUUUGCUUUACAAGCUUUUAAAAAAACCUUUAUGCAAACAGCAAGGAAAGAGUUGUUAGCCUGUGAACUGAUGUGGUUUGAGAAACCAGUUAUUAAUAUUCUUUUUGCCCUUCAAUAAAGUGUACAGCUAAUUCAGUGUUCCCUUUAAAUUAUUAGUUCUUUAAGUUAUCUAUGACCAAAAAUGGGAACAACAAAAAGUUAUGUAUCUGGCACAAGCUGUUGUCAUUUGUAAUAUUAAUUUUCCAAACAAGCCAUAAUGUAUGUAUAAAUUUUGAUCAUUUGAUCAUAAGGAAGGUUGGCCUUCUUUAUCUCCUUGUAGAUAAAUACUGUAAAUAAAAUAAAUUCAGAGCUAAAUUAAUUCCUAGUAUAACUCCAUUGACUAUAGUGGAAUUAACGAGAUAUGUGUGUGACCUGUUGUACUCCUGAAAAGGGUUAAGUGAGAGGUGUCAUUUGGCAGGCAAAUGCAUUUUUUCCCCUUCUGAGGCAGGCCUCCCUAACAGUAACAGUGAAGAAGAGUGAUGGGUAUGUGGAUGUGUUAGGGUUGUCAUGGGUUAAGAUAUAAAUACUAAUAGCUUACCAGCUUCAAACUAAAAUGGGUUUAUGCUAUAGACCCAAUAUAGUUGAACAGAGAAUUCCCUCAAGUAGUUUGGGGAACACUUAAAGCUGAGGAAAGGAGGGCACUGCAAAUCAAGUCAUAUGUGUAGGGUAACCUCCCAACAGCACUCUAACAUCUGGCCCUGGUUACUCCCCUGUGCUUGUACAGCACUUACAGAGAGGAUCCAUUUCUAGGGGAAGCACCAGAAUUUGUCAGGGUGAUUCUGAUGCUGUGUCACUUUGGGGGAUAGUGGCUCCUUAAAAGUUGUCAGUGAUGUAGAAAGGAAAUAAUAUGACUUGAGUCAUGACAGACUUAUUUAAUUUCCUAUGAAUCAAGAUUGUGAGGAGCAAAGCUUUCUGCUAAUUAGUUCUGCCUUCAACAGUUCCAGCAGGUGUCAUGGCAAUUAAGAAAAACUGCCAUAGGAGACUGAAAGACAGCUGAGGACCUGAAGCGCAAUCUUGCAUUCAUCAUUCAUGUGAUUAUUUCUUCUCCUGGUUGUUCCUGUGAAGACAGUGGGAUCACAGGGAUGAGGAAGUUUUUCAGCAUUGGGUCCUGCCUCAAGGAAUACACAUCACCAAAAUCCCAUUGAUAUCAAGGGGAGUGGGAUGGGGCUGUACAACUGCUCAAGAGACAAAGUAAAAGGACUGAAGUUGACCAAUUUGACUGUCUA